UUCUGAGUAAUGGAAAAAGUGGAGUAAAAGUAAAAACUAGAAGGAAAUAUCAUUGAUGAGGCACACUGGAGUUUCUUUUAAACCUCAACAAAAGAAGAACAGGACUAAAAUCUCUUAUUUGAUUCUGAUAGAAGAGUGCUCAUAAAGUGACAACGACAAUGGAUAAAUUCCGAAUGAUCUUCCAGUUCCUCCAGUCCAACCAGGAGUCAUUCAUGAAUGGCAUAUGUGGCAUCAUGGCUCUUGUCAGUGCGCAGAUAUACGUGGCUUUUGAUUUCAACUGUCCAUGUCUACCAGGUUAUAACCUGGCCUAUGGGAUGGGUAUCCUGUUUGUGCCACCCCUGGUCUUGUUCUUACUGGGCUUUGUGAUGAACAACAAUGUCUCCAUGCUGGCAGAAGAAUGGAAAAGGCCUACAGGGAAGCGUCACAAAGACCCGUCUGUCUUGCGUUACAUGUUCUGCUCCAUGGCACAGCGGGCAAUGAUAGCCCCCGCUGUUUGGAUUUCAGUUACGCUGUUGCAUGGAGAGUGCUUCAUUUGCGCUUUCAGCACCUCUGUGCCACUAGAGAAAUUGGGAAAUGACAGCUAUAUACACCUACCUGAGGAGGAGAUAAGGAAGAUUCUGGCCCGGAUUCCCUGUGAAAAAAUUUACAGCGGCCAAGAACUUAUUGCCAUUGAGGUGGCGACCAGGUACCUGCGCUGUAUCUCCCAGGCAAUGGGCUGGUUCUUCGUGCUGAUGAUUACCCUGCUAGCGUUCCUUGUCCGAUCCUUACGUCCCUGCUUCACUCAAGCUGCCUUCUUGAAGAGCAAGUAUUGGUCCCACUACAUCGACAUUGAGCGCAAGCUCUUUGCUGAGACUUGUACAGAGCAUGCUAAGAGUUUUGCCAAGGUUUGUAUCCAGAACUUCUUUGAGGGCAUGAACAAGGACCUGAGCAUUGGCCAUGUGCACUUUCCUGAGAAACCCCCUGCAGAAGGAGGGGAAGAGAAGGAAAAAUUGCUGGGCAUCAUGGAUCAUGGGACUAUGAACAAGCUUCUGCAGAACUGGCACAAAUGUAAGCCUCCUUUGUGCCUCAACCAAGAGGUGAUCCAGAAUGGGAGCUGUUGGGCAGGAGACGUCACACGUCCCCACCUACCCAAGAGAGAGUAUGCCACCUAUUACAGCAAAGUCUGA